GGCGCGGGCUGUGCGGGUGACAAGAUGGCGGCAGAGGCGGUGGAGUUGCACAAGCUGAAGCUGGCCGAGCUGAAGCAGGAGUGCCUGGCCCGCGGCCUGGAGGCGAAGGGCAACAAGCAGGACCUGAUCAACCGGCUGCAGGCUUACCUGGAGGAGCACGCUGAAGAAGAGGCAAAUGAAGAAGAUGUCCUAGGAGAAGAAAUAGAGGAGGAGGAGCAGAAGCCGGUGGAGCCGCCGGUCAAAGCUGAGGAGCCUCCUGUAAACUCGCCUGAUGUGAUCACGGAGAAGAAGGUGGUGAAGAUCACGUCGGUGAUCUCACAGAUGGAGCGCAUGCAGAAGAGAGCUGAGCGCUUCAACGUACCCGUCAGCCUGGAGAGCAAGAAAGCAGCGCGGGCAGUACGGUUUGGUUUGGCCAUGGUGUCCACUAAAGGCCUCUCCUCAGACAGCAAACCCACGGUAAACAUGGAUAAGUUGAAGGAAAGGGCUCAGAGGUUUGGGUUGAAUGUCUCCUCACUCUCCAAGAAGAGUGAAGAGGAUGAGAAGCUGAAGAAGAGGAAGGAGCGGUUUGGCAUUGUGACAAGUUCGGCUGGAGCUGGAGCCACAGAGGACACAGAGGCAAAGAAGAGGAAAAGAGCGGAGCGCUUUGGGAUCGUCUGAGCCUUGUGCCCUUCUCCUCCUCACCCUUGCUCCCCCUUCCUCACAUUCCCCCACUGUUCUUCAAGGUUUUAGCAAGGAGUAGGCAGGGAAUCCCCCAUAGUUGUUCCAUUGUGUCCUUAGUGGUUUCCUACACUCCCAAGUUAAAGGUGAAGAAGGGUUGAGCAGAAGGAAGAACCCGCUUCCUGACUCGGUGCCGGGGCUCUCCCCAGCAGCCGGGACACAGAGUGGCUUUGUUCCCCCCAUCCUGUGCUGGUCUCUGCUGUCCUGCCCUGGCACAGCCUCCGGGAAGGGGUUUCCUCAAGCAGCUGGUCUCCUGUUUCCAGCCAUGGAUGCAGCCGGUGGCUGGUUCCUCCCCAGUGAGGCCAAUGGGAACUAGAACUGGAACUGCUGGAGUAAAUGGUUUGCAAAUGGACCCUCUCCCCGCUCUGGUCCAUGGGGGUUUCCCAGGGUCCUCAGGGACACAUUUCUGUCCUCAGCCAUCUCCCUGCCUGGGAUUCCAGAUGGGCGCCACAGCUGGAAUCCCACCCCUGUCCCAGUACCAACCCUUCAGGGUUCCUAGUUCUGACCAUAACGUCUCCCCAGUGCGAUCUUCAGUUCACCUUGUCCGUGCUGCAGAGCGGUGCUGGGGCCAUGAAGGGAGCAUCUGGAGGCUUAUCCCUGGUCCUCGACAAGCAAUAGAUCCCAUUUUUUUAAUGUAGAAGCCUCCAAACCGCCUCUGUUGGGUUCCCGUUGUCAGCCAGUGACUCAGAGCAAGCCCUUGGCUAUCCCUUCCCCACAAGCAGCUCUGGGGCUGUUGCUGCUGUGUGACACAAAUCCAUGUGGGAACAUUCCUGAGGUGCCAUCGGGUUUCUAUGUCGGGUUUUGUACGAAGCAUUUUCUAUGGGCUCAUGAGCUCCUCGCCGCUGGUUCCACAUUUGUGGCCUCUUGUUCUUGAUUUCAUAAUAAAACUGCUUCUCCAAGGCGA